AUGUCCCGGUGUCCCCGUGUCCCUGUGUCCGCCAGUCCCGAUGUCCCCACGUCCCGUGUCCCCGGCAGCAGGAUGGCCCAGCAGCGACACGUGCCCCCACCACUCAAGACAGAGGAGGACUACAUCCCCUACCCCAGCGUGCACGAGGUGCUUGGCCGGGAGGGGCCGUUCCCCCUCAUCCUGCUGCCGCAGUUUGGGGGUUACUGGAUCGAGGGCACCAACCACCAGCUGAGCGAGGCACCCACAUCCCCCCCCACCCCUGCACCCAGCACCCGGGCAAAGCUUGAGGGCAACCACACGGCCAAGAUCUACCGCAAGCACUUCUUGGGCAAGGAGCACUUCAACUACUACUCCCUGGACCCGGUGCUGGGCCACCUCGUCUUCUCCCUCAAGUAUGAUGAGCAGGAGCAUCUCCACCUGCUGCUGCGCACCCGCGCCCGCACCCUGCACGACGUGGUGCCCAUCUCCUGCCUGGCUGAGUUCCCCAACGUCGUCCAGAUGGCCAAGCUGGUGUGUGAGGACGUCAAUGUGGAUCGUUUCUACCCCGUGCUCUACCCCAAGGCAUCCCGCCUCAUCCUCGCCUUCGACGAGCACGUGCUCAGCAACCACUUCAAGUUUGGGGUCAUCUACCAAAAACUGGGGCAGACCUCUGAGGAGGAGCUUUUUGGCACGACGGAGGAGAGCGCGGCCUUCACCGAGUUCCUCGACGUCCUGGGUCAGCGGGUGCAGCUGAGGGACUUCGGGGGUGGGUUCCUGGGGGGGCUGGAUGUGACCCACGGGCAGACGGGCAGCGAGUCCAUCUACUGCCACUUCCGUGACAAGGAGAUCAUGUUCCAUGUCUCCACCAAGCUGCCCUACACUGAGGGGGAUGCCCAGCAG